AAUCUUGAUAGUGCAACACAGUUUAAUCAUGAUAGGGCAAGAUCAAAACAUGUAGAGGUACCAUCAGCUCAAGAUACCGUUAUGCGAUCUUUGACAGUGUCGAUUCAAUCGCGAGAAUCAACAAGGAUCACAGAUUUGUGGUAG